UAAAGCUAGUCGCGCGUUUCGAUUUCGGUGCCGGCACAGAAACGAGUUCGCCCUCGAAUACGAAAGAUUUGCGAUCUGAAGUGCAUUUGAAGUAUUAUUCGCGAAUCGUUGCAAAUUUCGCCAUUAUAAGUGAUCAUCAUGCGAGUAGUUUUGGUUUUCUUGAGCGCGAUAGUUUUAUCGUUAGCCAGUCCAACACCCCAAGUGUUCUUUCCUGCCAUUGGAUUGCGACCGCAUGGUUUAAUUCCACUGGCUGUGGUACCGGGGGCGGCGGUAGUUCCUUUCGCGGUUCCAGUUCCUGUUCCGGUGGCUCCUGUAGUACCGGUCGGAGUAGCCCCGGUGGCAGUAGCCCCCAUAGCACCGGCGGCAGUUGGUGUUGCAGCCCCAGCUUUUGGAGGUAGCAAUGCUGAAGCACAAUCCGCAUCGUUCAAUAUAGGGCUCGGAGGCAUCAGUGCUUCAUUCAGUAAAUCUGCAGCCAACUCAAAUUCUUUCGGCGGCGGUGGGUUUGGAGGAACAGGUUCAGCUGCCAGUGCAGCUGCCGAGUCAGGAUCGUUUGGCGGUGGUUUAGGUGGAUUCGGAGGUUCCUCGUCUAAUGCGUAUGCGCAAGCGAAUUCCUACGGCGGUGGUGGUGGCUUUUUACCGUUUUUUGGCUAACCGCUACAAUUGACGGUGAAAAACAUGAUUCACAACUAAUGUGAGAUCACUAGUGCCCUCGUGUAAAUAUAAAUCAACCUAUGUUGUCACGAAAUCUCGGUGGAAAUACAG